AUGGGAAGUACUUGCUGCCAUAAAUAACCACAGCCGAUCUCAUCUUAGGGUAAACAAUAAAUACUAUCUUAAGCAGAGUUAGUUUGUGAUAAUAGCAAUCUUUCUAUUGUUAAAAAGUCAAAUCAUAAAGAAGAAAGUCCAGGCGAACCACCAUCGAGAUUGCCAUCUUAAAGUUCCCCUAUUCCUUAGGUGUAUGAGGGAGUAUCUGCCCUGAAUUAGAUGAAAAAUAAUGUACCUGCCUUAAAAUUCAGCAAUACAAAAGGAACUUUUAAGGAUGAGAGACAAUUGAAGGAUUCGAAGGAAUCAUUUGAGCCUUCCGAAAAAUCAGAUUAAGUCGUUGAAAGGAAUAAGGACAUGGAAGUAAAGUUGCCUGAAGUGGAAUAUACUCCUAUAGAAAAAAUUGUUUAAGCAGAAAAAUUGGAGAAAUAAAAUGAAGCACAGUAAAAGCAAUAAUAAGAUACGGGAACCAAGAAAUCUCCAGCGGCUUCCUCAAAAACAGUUCCACGUGAUCCUAUAGAUCACAAUUCAAGCAGAAAAUAGAGUAUGGCUUCAGUGGGUUCGGUGUCUGUAAAAUUUGGAGUGGAAUUAUUCGUAAAUUUAAAAAAGCAAUCUAUAACCAAAGUGUACACUCUAGGUUAGGUUUUGGGCUAGGGUGCUUUUGGAAAGGUUUGGAAGGUGACCCAUAAAACUACAGGUUUAAUUAGAGCAAUGAAACAGAUUCGAAAGUCAGAAUUAAUUAAAGAAGAUGAAUAAAAAAUGUUUUCCGAGAUGAACCUAUUAAAAAAUCUUGAUCACCCUCACGUUGUCAAACUAUAUGAAUUGUAUCAAGAUUCUAAUAAUUAUUAUUUAAUCACAGAAUACUUAUGCGGUGGAGAGUUGUUUGAGAGAAUAAAGAAGAUGAAUUAAUUUAGUGAGAAGAGAGCCAGUGAUUUAAUGAGAUAGAUAUUGAUGGCAGUAGUCUAUUGUCACGAUUAGAAAAUUGUUCAUAGAGACUUGAAGCCAGAGAAUGUCCUCUUUUCUGGGACAGAACCAGAAGCCUUACUCAAAAUUAUCGAUUUUGGCUGUUCCAGAAAAUUUAACUCUCAAAAGAACAUGACCAAAAGACUUGGAACACCAUAUUACAUCGCUCCAGAGGUCUUGAAUCACAAUUACAAUGAGAAAUGCGAUGUGUGGUCAUGCGGUGUCAUUUUGUACAUCUUAUUAUGUGGGUAUCCUCCAUUCACUGGAAAAAACGAGAAUGAAAUUUUCGAUAAAGUGAAGACAGGCAAAUUCAAAUUCCCAAUGGAGGAGUGGGAUUCAAUAAGUAGAGAGGCUAAGAACUUAAUUCAGAGAAUGCUUUAAGUGGAUGUGAAUUCAAGAUAUUCAGCAUCUUAGGCUUUAAAUGAUCCUUGGAUUUAAAAGCAUGCUCCUAAUACCUAAAUCAAUAAAAAAGUGCUUGAGAAUCUGGCAUAGUUCCAAGCCAAAAGUGAAUUUCGAUCUGCCAUCGUCCAAUAUAUAAUUAGUCAAAUGACAACAAACAAGGAAUUGGAAGAUCUCUAAAAGACUUUUCAAUCUCUGGAUAAAAAUAAAGAUGGAGUAUUAAAUAAAGCAGAAUUAGUAGAAGGAUACACGAAAAUAUUAAAAAGCAGAGAACAGGCUGAAGAAUAUGUUGAAAAGAUUAUGUCUAAGAUCGAUAAGAAUUAAUCAGGUGUAAUUGAGUUUAAUGAAUUUUUGAUGGCUGCAAUUAAUGAAGAAAAGAUAAUCCCAAUUAAGAAAGUCGAAUAGGCAUUUAAAAUAUUUGAUUCAGACGGAGACGGAUACAUAAGCAGACAAGAAAUAGAAGAAGUGAUGGGUGAAUUGAAUGCGGAUGUUUGGAAACUAUUUUUGGAAGAAACAGAUGGAAAUAAUGAUGGCAAGAUAUCCUAUGAGGAAUUCUCAAAAUUAAUUAUGAGCAAAUGA